AUGAAAUUCCCAUUUCUGUUCAAAUCGCCGAGCACCGCCGCCGCGUGGCCGUGGCCGGCCUGCACUAACGACCCCAAAACCCUCUCCUUCCGCACGAGCCCCGCCGCCGGCGACGUCCUCAAGACCAUGAACUCGGCCUUCCUCGACGACCGGAACACGUCGGCGUCGACUCUUUCGGAGACCGCCGACUCGUACUUCAGCAUCCGCCGCGGGGAGAGCCUCCCCGGCUCCCCUGACGCCGCCGUAGAGAAACUGCCGGAGAUCGACGAGUCGGCAGUGUUCGGAGGCCUGAGGUCCGACCGGCUGUUCUUCGAUCCCGGCGAGACGAGCUCCAUCCUCGGCGGAUCCAAAUCCGGCGGCGGCGGCGGCGGUUGCACCGCUCACGCGGCGCUGGUGGCGGUGGAUUCCCGAGAUCCGGUGAGCGAUUUCAGGGCGUCGAUGGCGGAGAUGGUCGAGGCGCAGGGGCUGAGGGACUGGGAUUCUCUGGAGGAUCUCCUGGCUUGUUAUCUGAGGGUCAAUUCGAGGUCUAAUCACGAAUUCAUUGUCGACGCCUUUGUGGAUCUGCUGAUUCAUAUCGGCGGCGGCGAUGAAUCGUCGAGCUCCGCCGUGGAUGAGCGGUGCUCGUCCUCCUCGACGGCGACUCAGGGCUCAUUCACCUCGCCGUUGUCGUUUUCGUCAUCUACUUACUCGUCUAACAGCCCUUCUAAUUGUUUGUCGGCAAUGGAGAACGAGAAUGAAGAUGAGAUUGUUGUGCCCCACAAAAACGUAAAUGCUUCUUCUUCUUCCUCGUCUUCUUCAGGUGUUUGA